AUGGAGCCGGAUGAUGCAGCCGCCUUCGGCGACGAAGUCCCUCCCAAGCUGUGGGUUCAUGUUCCCGUCGGCGAACAGCGGCAUUGCAGUGGCUGCUUCUCCUUGCAGAAGGACAAAGCCAACGAGCAGCCACUGUGGAAGAAAACGGGUGUGCACGAAGCCUGGCUCUACCAAAACAAGCUCGGGCAUUGGUGUAUUGGUGGCAAAGAAGCGCGGCUGCGGGAGUUUGACUGGAACCGCUGCUUUCUCUACCAAACUGCACCUCAGGAUCCGCACCAAAGGGGUGCGGGACCGCUUCUAGUCGCAUCGCAGCCGUGGCAAUGGUGGGACAGCGUGGGAAAGAAGUGGGUCCUGGAUCCCACCAUCCGUGUUUUGGACGUUCCGCAUGCAUCUUCGGACCAGCACCAGAUGCUCGCGCAGCACCAGGUGGCAGCGCUGCGGGGUGCGGCUGAAGUGAAUCGGAGGCUUGAGGUCAAAAAACCUUUUGAGCCAUCGCAGAUGUCUUUGCAAUGCUUGAGCUUUGAGGUUUGGAGUUCAGGAGGAUUUCGUGUACAACGACUUUGCUUUAAAGUGCUCAUGAUGUAG